CUCGGGAGCUGUCUGAAAGCAAGCGGAGAGGGGAACAAACAGCGUGAAGAUAUUAAAACGUGCAUGUAGCAGAGGCGAUAGUGCAGCAUUUCACAAGAAAGAAGACUCCUUCACCGUCGAUCAUUUAGAGUUAUCUAACGACUACAAAUAUCUCAUUUAGCCUCUGUUUCCAUAACUUGGAGGAAAGUUUAAGGCAGGCUGCACGACUCCGAGCACCCACCUCAGAGCAGAAAGUCAAGUCGGUGGUCGGCAGUUGGUUCUGCAGGAAUGUCGCAGAAAGAGAGACCCAAGUUCUAUCGACAGGACGUCAACAAGACGAUAUGGGAAGUCCCGGAACGGUACCAGAACCUGUCUCCGGUUGGCUCCGGCGCCUACGGAUCCGUGAGUUCUGCAUAUGAUAUGAAGACUGGUUUGAAGGUAGCUGUGAAGAAGCUCUCUCGGCCAUUUCAGUCCAUUAUCCAUGCCAAGAGGACAUACAGAGAGCUGCGGUUGCUUAAGCACAUGAAGCAUGAAAAUGUUAUUGGCCUCCUAGAUGUCUUCACCCCUGCCACUUCUCUGAAGGAAUUUAAUGACGUGUAUCUGGUGACUCACUUAAUGGGAGCAGAUCUCAACAACAUAGUGAAAUGUCAGAAACUCACAGAUGACCAUGUGCAGUUUCUCAUAUACCAGAUCCUCAGAGGGUUAAAGUAUAUCCACUCAGCAGACAUCAUUCAUAGAGAUUUGAAACCUAGUAAUCUGGCGGUGAAUGAAGACUGUGAGCUGAAGAUUUUGGACUUUGGUUUGGCACGGCACACUGAUGAUGAGAUGACCGGCUACGUGGCCACGCGCUGGUACCGUGCACCAGAGAUCAUGCUGAACUGGAUGCAUUACAACAUGACAGUGGAUAUUUGGUCAGUGGGGUGUAUAAUGGCAGAACUCCUCACUGGAAGAACCCUGUUUCCUGGUACUGACCACAUUGAUCAGUUGAAGCUAAUCAUGCUGCUCGUCGGAACACCAGGGCCCGAGCUCUUGAUGAAAAUAUCUUCAGAGUCUGCCAGGAACUACAUCAGCUCCUUGCCACAAAUGCCCAAGAGGAACUUUACUGACGUGUUCAUCGGUGCCAACCCACAAGCUGUGGAUCUCCUGGAGAAAAUGUUGGUUCUGGACACAGACAAACGGAUAACAGCAGCCGAGGCUCUGGCUCACUCCUACUUCUCUCAGUACCACGACCCAGACGACGAGCCCGAGGCCGAGCCCUAUGACCAGAGCUUUGAGAGCCGCGAGCUGGAAAUCGAAGAGUGGAAACGAUUAACCUACGAGGAGGUGUGUAGUUUUGAGGCACCAAUCUUUGAUGAGGAUGACAUGGAGUAAUGAGACGUGCAACCCCAGCCCCCGACAAUUUGAAACGACCUGCAACAUGUGCAUUAGUGUUAAAGGAACUCUCAGUCACACUUAUAUCAGAGUGCCUACCAUCGUCCAUGAUUAGUUCUUGUUAGGAGGUCACUGCCAGCACAGGGGAAAGGGAGGGUUUGACCAAUUAUCAUUAUUCUUAUUUAUGAACCACUAAUGUUGACGGUCCGUUUGCUGGGAAUGUCACCUCUUGCCAAUGGCUGAAAAAAUUUUAUAUUCUUCAGAUCUUUUUUUAAAAUUUAGACUUGGAUGACUCACCACUGUGACACUGAGAUGCUGAAACGCCUGGACCUAUAGCUGUGCUAUUUUGUGUUUUUAAAAUGUUCUAUUUAGUAACUUAUGAAUAUGCUUUCGUUGUCUAUUAAUUGAGUAAAGAUUAUGCUAGUCUACCACUCACCCUGCCAAGCUGUCACAUAUAGCACUGGGUCACAUUCAGUAAUUGCCAUGAUUGUUCCUACAGUAUAUUUAAAAAGAGCUGAACUUUGAAGGGAUUCAUAUCUGUGAUGUUAGAGUUUAUGUUUUAGGUAUUUGACAAUUUGAGAAUGUGCCUGUUCUGUGUAGUCACCUUUUAGUGCUCACAAACUGUAUUUCUCACCUGUUAAUGUGUAUUUUGAUAGUUUAGAUGCUCUGUGAGACUCUUAUACAUAUUGUGGCCACACAGAAAAGUCUGAGCCUCUGCUGUUGAAGGAGAGUAUUCAACACGGCACCGAAAUGGGAAAAAGAUAUUAAUGCAUCCACGCUCUGCUCAAAAAUAUGUAAAUAUCUGUGCCAUAUUUUUUAAAUCUGACGUGUUGUCAUUAUGUUCUGAAGCAAUCACUUUUAGUAUGUACACCAGUUAGAGUUUGUGUGUGAGAGUGUGCUGUUGGUUUACAGGAAUUUUAAGUGUCAUGCUAAAACCUCUAAUAGAAAUACUGCUUAAAAGUGUACAAGAGGGAUUUCAGAUGUAUUUAUACUUUGUGGAGGUGAUAUUUAUAAACAACAAUCAAUAGAUCCCUUAAACUAUUUUCAGUCCUGCAGAGUAACUACUAUCUUCAGUCCUUUGUUUAACAAAAUAAAGACUUAUUUUUAAGAGA